AGAAGAGCAAGAGGAAGAAGUAGUAGUAGAAGAAGAAAGGACCACUAUUGUCUGCCAUUUCAAUUUAUGGACACCAUGUAUAACAUGAAGUGCACCUGCAGUUAUAUCUAAACCAAGUCAUGGAGGACCUACAUUUUCCUCCUGCAAGUUCAAACUGAUGCGAGAAGUUCAAACGUGAAUUUACAGGUUACCUUUCAGGAUGGACAGCCAGAACCAAUACUGCGUGUCCCGGCCCAUCUACUCCACCCGUGCCUUCGAACAUGUCAAUGAGAAGCAAGUCCGGGAGACUAAAACUGUUAAAGAGAGGCUCAGGAAUUCCGUCAAAUGCUCUCCUAAACUAGUCACACGGAUAAUUAAGAAGUUUUUCCCAAUCCUUGAUUGGCUCCCGAUAUAUCAGCUCAAGCAAUGGCUUCCUGGUGAUAUAGUAGCAGGAGUCACCACCGGAAUGGUGUGUGCUUUACAAGGCUUGGCGUACUCACUGCUAGUUGGUGUUCCUCCAGUGUAUGGACUCUAUGCUGCGUUCUUCCCAAUCCUCACCUACUUCAUUCUGGGCACUUCUAGACAUCUAUCUGUGGGUCCUUUUCCGGUCACUUGUCUAAUGCAGGGAGCUGUGGUGUUCAGUCUUGCUCCUGAUGAGCUGUUCUUGUAUAAAGGGAAUACAACAGGUGUAAAUGGGACAGCAACGAUGGUGGUGAAUACAACAGCAAGGGAUGCCGCGAGACUCUCAAUAGCGGCCUCUAUGACUGUGCUAAUAGGACUGUUUCAGUUUGGCAUGGGUGUGGUCCAGGUAGGCUUCCUGGUGCGAUACCUGUCUGACCCACUGGUAGGAGGCUUCACCACAGCAGCAGCUUUGCAAGUGGUCGUCUCCCAGCUAAAACUGAUCUUUAACGUUCCUACCAACAACUACAACGGCAUUCUGUCAAUCUUUUAUACUAUCGGUGACAUAUUUAAAAACAUCAAGCAAACCAACAUGGUUGACCUGAUCGCUGGAGUGCUGACCAUCAUUGUAGUAAUGCUUGUAAAAGAGUUCAACACCAAAUUUCAGAAAAAGCUUCCAGUGCCUAUCCCCAUCGAAGUGAUUGUGACCAUCAUUGAUGCAGGCGUGUCUUAUGCAAUGGACCUCAGCACCAAUUAUGGUGCUGGCAUUGUUCGCACAAUCCCAAGAGGGUUUAUUCCACCCCGUUCACCAGAUGUGUCACUCUUCAACAGUUUUGCGGGCCCUAGUUUUUCCACAGGAGUGGUGUCUUAUGCCAUAGCAAUAUCAGUAGCUAAAGUCUACGCAGCAAAACAUGACCUCGUAGUUGACGGCAGUCAGGAGCUGAUAGCCUUUGGCAUCAGCAACAUUUUCUGUGGCUGUUUCUCAGGAUUUGUGGCCACUACUGCACUGUCACGCACAGCAAUACAGGAGAGCACAGGAGGGAAAACUCAGGUGGCAGGGAUAAUAUCAGCUCUGAUGGUGCUGAUAGUGAUUGUGGCUCUUGGGCCUCUGCUUCAACCUCUACAGAAGUCAGUGCUGGGGGCCAUUAUUGUUGCCAACCUGAAAGGAAUGUUCAUGCAGGUGCAUGAUGUGCCCAUACUGUGGAGGAAGAACAAGACAGACUGUUUUAUUUGGGUGUUUACAUGUAUUGCCUGCAUCAUCCUGGGACUGGAUGUGGGUUUGCUGGCUGGCGUAAUAUUUGAGCUGGGCACUGUGGUUAUUAGGACACAGUUUCCCAACUGCUCAACACUUGGAAAUGUACCCAGCACAGAAAUUUACAAGAAUAUGAAAGACUACAAAAAUAUUAUUGAGUGUCCUGGAACGAAGAUUUUCAAAUGCGCAGCACCCAUAUAUUUUGCCAACAUUGAAUACCUCAGAGACCAGAUAAAACAUACAGUGGGAUUUAAUGCAGUACGAGUGUUUAAGAAAAGGAACAAAGCACUGAAGAAGAUUCACCAGUUAAUUAAAAAAGGGAAACUGAAAGUCACUGAGAAUGGGUUGGUGCCAGUGGCCCCUCUGGGUGUGGACAAUGAGGCAUUUGAGAUUGAGCGGGACCCUGAACAAGUGGAAGGUGGGGCUCAGCAAGAAGUGAAGGGUGGGGCUCGUCCAGCAGCGGAAGUGGAAGUGCAGGUGGACUGGAAUUCCGCACUGCCUGUCAGUGUGACAGUCCCUAAAGUCAACAUCCACAGCUUGGUGAUGGAUUUCACUUCUGUCUCCUUCCUGGACGUAAUGGCUGCGAAGUCUCUAAAACUGAUCAUAAAGGAAUUUAUGCGCAUUGGAGUCAAUGUCUACCUUGCAGGCUGUGAUGAUGACAUCAUCAUGAAGAUGGAGUCCAUGGGUUUCUUUGAUGAGGUGGUGAACAGAGGCCUGCUCUUCCUCUCUGUUCAUGAUGCCAUUCUCUACAUCAAAAUGGAAACCAGCAGUGAGAGUUCAGAUGACUCAAUGGCAGAGAAGAUUUCACAGAUGCAGGAUGACAAAGCACCACCACCUUUCACAGAAGAUGAAGACUUGAUUGAGACCUACGACAACCAGCACUUGGCUAUCCAUGGACUCUCAAGCUGAGCCUAAACCAUUUCCUUUUUGGACUUAGAACAGUAGAGUAAAGAACACAUGACUUACAAUAUCUUUUUUGGGGGGCACAUGCAGCCUGAAGG